AUGGACAUGUCACGUGUAGGCGCGGGUGCUCUUCCCCCGAUAUUCAGCAUUUCGGACGAUGAUCAUGGCGGGUAUGCCGCUGUUGCUGUUUACACUCUGUUGCUUCUGACCGUCGUCGUCGUUGCAACACGAUUGUCGGCAAGGUAUUACAUCGGACGAAUCAUUCAAGUUGAUGACUUUCUUCUUGGAGGAGCCACAAUCGCAGGGCUAGUACAAAGUGUCAUCGUGCAGCUAGCCAUCAGUCAUGGACUCGGCCAAAGGCAAGAUAUUGUCUCCACCAACAAUUUGGAUCUAUUCCAAAGGUAUUUAUAUGUUGCACAUAUAUUGCUCAUCCUCACGAUUGCCCUGAGCAAACUCUCCAUCGCCCUACUCUUCAAAAGUCUUAUGAGCAAAGGGGUUCCUUUUUAUGCAAGCUGGUCUUUAAUCGGAGUUAUCACGGCAUGGGCAGUGGCUUCGAUCGUUGCUCUUGCAGUGCAAUGUUCAUCCCCUCACCCGUGGGACUUUGUGGAUGGGAAGUGCAUUGAUCAGGCUGCUCUCUUCCGUGCAAUCGGCGCAAUCAAUAUGAUCACUGAUUUGGGGUUGAUUAUCUUACCCUGUGUGGUUCUAUGGGGGUACAGGUAUCAACGACGAAGAGGUGUCCCGGUUGCCGUUGCAUUCCAAAUUCACUACUAUAAUAUUUUCACAGGCUCCCAUGACAAAACCUGGACAGCUAUGAACGCCAGUAUUUGGGACCAGGCUGUGAUGAACAUUAGCAUAAUUACCACGGCUAUUCCUUCGCUGGGCCGUCUCGCAGUUGAGCUACAGCCCAACGUAGGCGCCUUUGCCAUGACUGAAAACCAUGGCGUCAGAAUACGCGACAAAUACGCACUGUCUUCGCUAGCAAACCAGUAUCCUCAUCAAUUCAUCGAACAAAAUCGACUUGGUACCCACACGUCUGUGCAUGGUAGUGUCGAAGCGGGAGAUACGGAGAGUAUGGAAGGAUUGGUGAGAGACGGAAUGAAUCAGAACGUGGUGACAAUACAGCAGACGAUUGAUUUCAAGGUUGAGUGA